AUGAAGAGCCUGAAGGCCAAGUUCAAGAAGGCAGACAGCCAGGACUGGACCAAGAAUGAUGAGAAGCUCCUGCAAGCUGUGGACUACAACGAUGCUGGGAAGGUGACGUCUCUCCUCGUCCGCAAGGGCCUGGUCGCCACUAAGCUGGACUCAGAGGGCAAAUCUGCGUUCCACCUGGCCGCCAUGCGGGGGAAUGUGGACUGCCUGGAAGCCAUGCUGGCUCACGGCGUGGAUGCCAUGACCAAGGAUAGCUCGGGUUACACUGCCCUGCACCUGGCGUGCAAGCAUGGCCACCCACAGUGCGUCAGCAAGCUGCUGCAGGCCUCCUGCCCUGUGGAUGUGGCUGACGGCAGUGGCCGAACAGCGCUGCACCAUGCAGCGGUCAGCGGCUGCAUCUCAUGCUCGGAGAUCCUCUGUGAUUUCAAGGCUCCCUUGAACAUCAAGGACAAGGAUGGCUCCACACCGUUGAUCCUUGCUGCCAAGAUGAGCCACUCGGAGCUGUGCCGGUACCUGCUGCACCGCGGCGCGGCUGUCAACAGCCGGGACCUGCAGGGGAGGACAGCCUUGAUGCUGGCCUGCGAGAACGGCAGCGUGGAGACGGUGGAGGUGCUCGUCAACGCUGGUGCCCGGGUGGCUGUGGUGGACUCCACAGGUCACGACGCUGCGCACUACAGCCUGGCCACGGGCAACGCUCUCAUCCAGCACUUCCUGCAAGAGGCUGCUCAGCGCCGGUCCUGGGCCAGCGAAGAGGAGUCAACUGAGCAGACAUCCCAGACAUCUUCGCCCAGCCAGUCAUCCGUCAGGGAGAAGAACAGCACCCCGCGGAAGAGGAAAGCCCCUCUGCCUCCCCUGGGCACCCCCAGCCAGGAGGACCAGGACGCCUACGAGGAGAUUGUACGGCUGCGGCAGGAGCGAGCCCAGUUCUUGCAGAAGAUUCGGGGCUUGGAGCAGCAGGAGAAGCAGAGACGGGAGCGGGCAGAGCUGGAUGAGGGCUCCCUGCGCUCCAUGGAGAAGCAGAUCCAGGAGCGGGAGAAGCGGCUGGCGGCACGGGAUGGUGAGAAGGAGCGGCUGGGCAAGGAGGUGGAGGCUCUGCGAAGCCGCUUGUCCUCACUGGAGAAAGAGAAGGAGAACACGAGCUACGACAUCGAGACGCUGCAGGAUGAGGAGGGAGACCCACUUGAGUUCCCAGGUAGGGCCCUGCCCGCCUCCUAAGUCCCUCCUGGGGCUGGGCAGCCCUCAGAGAGGUGGCACCCCACGGCGGGGAGCAGGGGCAUGGGUGGGCAGGCACCGGAGUCCCUGCACCCCGCAGGGGCAGAGCUGCUGCUCUCCAAGAAGACUCUGAGCCCCUCGGCUGAGGAGCUGCUGGCCACGCUGCAGGGGCAGGUGCAGUCCCUCACCGUGCAGAACAAGGAGCUGAGGGAGAAGAUACAGGGGCUGGAGAACUACGAGCGGGACGAGAGCAACCCACACUUCCACAGACCUGCACAUACAUGCACGCUCGCACACGGGCACGGCCAUGGGUGGACCUCCGAGGAGUUGGGGAUCACUGAGCUCUCUAAGGAGGUCUUCAGGCUGAAGGAAGCCCUAAAUGCCCUCCCUGAGUCCCGGGGGCCACCGCAGUCACCCCCCGACACUGCCGCUCUCCAGGCCAGGAUCCGUGCGCUGGAGGAGAAGCUGACGGUGGGAGACAGAAAUGCGGCACAGCAAGGUGGUGACACUGUACCGGAGCCAUCUGCUCUAUGCAGUGCAGGUGAGGGCCACAUGGACGAGGACGUGCAGAGAAUCCUGUGCCAGAUCCUGAAGAUGCAGCGGCUGCAGGAGCAGGGCAGAUGA